CAGUAACCAAAAAAUAGUCAGUUCCGCUCAAAGCGUCUCCACGUUCACAACGUUCGUCGUCGUCGUCGGCAGUGCUGGGCUUUGAAAACGGCUGCGGAAAUAAUAGCCAACAAUUUGUUAACCUGGCCCAUUGCAACGACGCGUCGUACAAGUAAACCCAAUUUAUAUAAGUUUGGCGAGUUGUGAAAUUGAAGUGUGUAGCCAAAAAAAAAAAAAAGAAGAGAAAUAAGAAAGAAACGGAAAACGGAUUUAAAAAAUGCUGGAAACUGAGGUGCGGCAACAACCCAAGCUGGAUGGCCCGGCGUCCAGUGACAAGGACUACGAUCCGUAUGUGUGCUCGCUGAGCGCGGACAUGAAGCUGCUGGCCAAGGACGAGCUGCACGAGGACGACAAUAUACGGCGGCAGGCGUUGGCCCAGUUCCGCGAAUGGAUUGCCAAGCAUCCGCACAUCAAGAAGUGCCGCACGGAUGCCAUAUUCCUGCUGCGCUUUCUGCGCACCAAGAAGUUCUCGGUGCCCGCCGCCUGCGAGAUGCUCGAGCGCUAUUUGACCAUACGCCAGUUGUUCCCGCAGUGGUUCCAGCAUUUGGACAUCAAUGAUCCGGCCAUCGAUGAGAUAUUCGAGGCAGGCUACCUGGUGCCGUUGCCGCAACGCGAUGCCAGCGGGCGUCAGGUGAUCUUCUCGGUGGCCGGCAAGUUUGAUCCCUACAAGUUCACCUCGGUGCAGAUGGCGCGCGUGCAUAGCCUGAUCUGUGAAUCGCUGCUGGACGACGAGGACUCUCAGGUGUCCGGCUAUGUCUACGUGAACGACGAGAGCGGCAUGAACAUGGGCUUCGUCAGCCUCUGGUCGCUCACCGAUCUGCGUAGCAUUAUGAAAUGCAUUCAGAACUCGACGCCCAUGCGCCACAAGGAGACGCACUUUGUGAAUAUACCCCACUAUGCCAACCGCAUCAUUGAGCUGGGCGUCUCCAUGCUCAGCGACAAGCUCAAGAAGCGCAUCAUUGUGCACAAGAACGUGGAUGGUCUAAAGUCGAAAAUCGAUCCCGCCAUUCUGCCCAAGGAGUACGGCGGCACCAUGCCCAUUGCCGAAAUGAUCCGGGAGUUCAAGGCCAAGCUGCAGCAGCGCCGCGCCGCAAUACUCGCCCUGGACGACAUGCACAUCGAGAUCACCAAGGAGGCGGCCAAGUUUGCGGGCAAUGACAUUGGCGACAUCGAUGCCGGCAUUGUGGGCAGCUUUAGGAAACUGGAGGUGGACUAGGUGUACGCUCGGGCUUUAGGCUAAGCUAGGCUAGGUCAGAAUACCAUUGAGACAAUUGACAACAAACAAACAAACAAACACAAACAAACACACACACACAAAUUGUCAGCCCUAAACCUUAAAUUAUAAAAAUCUACAAUUAUUCGACGGCCCGGGCUGCAACAUCUAAUUUGGCACGGAUACAGGUACCGGAAACUGAAGUUGUAGUUGAAGUUGUUCUAGCUCUACAUCCCAUCCAUGCAGACCCAUGUGCGGUUGCAUGUAUGCUAUUUAAAUAUAUAUAUAUAUAUAUAUAUACUAUAUACAUUCUUGUUCAAA